GUUUAUUUUUAAACGAUUGCAGAUUUACCCGUUCGUGGGUUAUGAUUCUUGAUCCAUAAACAGCCAGAAUCAUAAAGCACUUCUUAUAUAAUAUGCUGAGUGCUGUUUGGCAACGCGUGGAAGUAACAGCUGCCUAUUUUUUACACGAAUUUUAUCACUGAUGGUGAAAUCUGCAGUGGCUUAUCUCAUGUACAAUGGUGAUUGUCACCAUUCAUGGCAUAACCACUACUGAAUUUGGAAUCUGCAGUGUUUUAUUUCAUGUGCACUGAUGAUUGUCACCAUUCAUGGCAUAACUAGUGAAUGUGGAAUAUAUGAGAGUACAUGCUUUUAAUUAUAUACAUCUGUUAUAGCCCAACCUGUUUCUUGGAUUUGAACCUGCCAAUUUCAUAAAUUGUGAUUUUUUAUAUUAUGACCCUAAACAAAUUCCAUUGUUCAGAGACUAACUUAGGAGGCACCCAAGACUUGGAGUGGUAGGAGGGUCACUGGCAUCUGAGAAAACAACUACACAACAUGGGCAUACACAACGAUGAUCCCAUCUGUAGAGUAUGCAGGAGGAGGACACAGACAUCCAUAUCAUUGCAUGCAAAGCCACAGCUCAGUGGUUAACUAACAUACAAAAAAAUCUAGGGAAAUUGUAGCAGCGACCAUCAAUGACCUGUUAAUUCUAAGAAGGGUUGAGUCUAUUGCACUGAACUAGGGAACUAGGAAAAUACAAUAAGCCAGAAAGCUGCCAUGCCUGGGGAGCACAAACACCACUUUCUAAUAUUCCUCAUUACCAUACCAUACCUAGGCAGCAGCUGAAAGCUAAAUCAUUCUUUUCCUUAUAUAAAACCAUUUACAAAUAAUUUAUGGAAAGGAUCAAACAGUACCGAGGUCCGAGGCCAACCUGCCCGGAGAGUCCUUGUGAGCCUUCCAGCCAGCCAACGCCGCAAGCCCACAACACCAGAAUCUGCUCAAAGGAACAAAGCAUCCAAAAGAAAAAGCCAAAAUAAGAAACAGAAUGAAAUUAGAUUUGCAUAUGAAUUCUCAUUGGAUUCUGUAUUGUUGUACUUCCUGUACUUAAAAGUCCCUAGAUUGAAGGGGCUCUCAAACCUUCCUUAGCUUGAAGCACACCUCUCUGCAGUUCGGCUUGUUUGCAGCUUGUCAUAAUGUGGUUGAGAUUUAGUUCACCAUAGGACUCACAGUUUGGUGGAUACCUACACCCAAUCUUUUGCAGGAUGAAACUUCGGGCUUUUAAGCUUCUUUACCAAGCUUGGUGGGCUGGUAAGUAUCCCACGAUUCCUUACAACCAUAUCGUUCAAAUAGGAGAUCCUGUCCUGCGUUUGAAGGCAAAAGCUGUAGAUCCAAGUGCCAUUCAGGAAGAACCAAUGAAGAAGUUGAUUGCCAGAUUAUGUCGUCUAAUGAAAGACUCAAAUACGCUAAGCCUUUCUGCGCCUCAGGUGGGCGUAUCGCUCAGGGUCUUUGCCAUUCAAUCUCCUCCUAGAAACAAGUUUAAACCUGUCAACUUGUAUGAUGCAAGAAAAAUGGAGCACAUACCUUUUCAAGUAUGGAUCAACCCAGAAAUGAAGAUCCUUGAUUACAGAAAGUAUAUUGAUGAAGAAAGUUGCGAAAGUAUGAAGUGCUUCACAGCUGAUACUUCUCGCUACACCAAAGUUCUGCUUACAGGCUUAGACCACGAAGGAAAAGAAAAGGCCUGGGAGGCCAGUGGCUGGUCCGCGAGGAUAGUUCAGCACGAAAUGGACCACCUCAAUGGAAAAUUUUUCAUCGACAUCAUGGAACCACAUAGUCUCGCCUGUUCCCAUUGGCAAGUCAUCAACCACAAACAAGGAAAGAUUUUUGUAACAUACUUGCCUAAGAAAUAAUAAUUAUUGAGUAUUAUGUAAAUAAUUGUUUGUAAUAAUAAAGUUCUUUUUAAUUGUUA